AUGGUCGGCAUCUUUGUGUCGGUUCUGGGGCAGGAGCGCCCGCCGCACAUCCGCCACCUCGCCAUAUCCUGCGUUCGUGCGGCCUCGGCCUUUCCUACGGGAAACAAGGUACAGACGGACGAACUAUGCCACGUGGUGUUGCUCGGCGACCUCAACUACCGGAUCGCCAUGGACAACGACGAGGCGCGGCAGCUGGUGAGGGCCAGGAAGUGGAGCAUGCUGCUGGAGAGCGACGAGCUGCUGCUGGAGCUCUCCAAGGGCCAGCGAUUCGACGGCUGGCACGAGGGCCUCGUCAACCUUCGCCCCUGA